AUGAUGUCCUCCAAGUUGAUUGAUAUAGCAGCAUCAAAUGACCAGUCAAAACCUUACUGUAAACCUCUCUUUGAGUCUCUCAACUCUGUUGGCGUUCUUCGGCUUUCCUAUCAACAGUGGUUUGCAGAAAGUAACUACAACCAGACUGAUGUAUCCUCUUUUAUUCGCUUUUUGGAUUCUCUUCGCGUAUUGGAGAAGAAAAUUCUUUACGAAAUUGUUGGAUCACCUUCUUUCAGUGUGUUGAUUCAGUUGUACACUGAAGUUAUAGAAAACCACUCAUGCUUUUGGUCUGGUUUGGUCUCGUCUUCAGAUGAGUAUCUGUUAUUUUCCUUUUGGUCACUGAUAAAAGCAGUCAAAAAGUUGCACAGUUAUUUUCCUGAAGAAGUUCAAGUGGUUCUGGAGGAAAGCAAAAAUAUUAACAAGAUAACUUUGCAUGGUGACCCAGAAAAGUCUUUGCUAUGGGCUUAUGAGGGGCAUCCUUCCUUGCCAGUAUCUGCAGAGCUGUACCAUAAGCAGCAGGAAUUUCUACAGCUCUGCAGCACAGACGAUGAAGAUUAUGUAGCUGCUGUUCAGCUGGAUGAGAUAUACCAGACGUGUUUGGGGAGGUUGAAAUUAGAGAAGAAGAGACUGGAGGAUAGAAUGGGUUCCAGUGAGAUUGAUAAUAUCAAAAACAAAUCUGCUGUGUGCUGUGUUUUACGCCCAGAGAUUGUGGCUACAGGGUUUGGCUUUAACAGUUGGGUGAAGAUAUCUUUAAUUGCUAGCAGUGAAAGUAGCUCUUUAGAUGUAGAGUUACUUGAUGUACUUCAGAACCUCUUGGUGGCUCAAUCUACUGAACAGAAGGAUCUCGUGGACAUUCGAGAACUGCUUAAACCUGCUCUAGAGUAUUCAUUAUCCACAACAAGACCUCCACAGACUCUUGUAGCUCAUCAGAAACUCCUGUGGGCAAUUGAUGCACGUGCCUCUGUACUAGGAGUUGACACCAAAAUUGCUGGUUUUGUUCUCGAGAUGUGGUACUGGUGGCAUUCUGUUUUGUGGAAAAAUAGUCAAAUCGGUCUCAUGAGCCUACAGAGUAUCUCAGAGAUCGGCAACUGUUGGAUUCUGUCACCUUCUAUGCUGAUUCAGCCUGUUAAAACAGCUACAGUUGAUCAGAUUCUGGAAAAUGCUUUUCCUGUGAAGGAUUAUCCUGUUCAAUCAAUGAAACUUCUUUCUGCUUCACGAUUGCUAUGGAAAAGCUCACAACCCUGUCAAGAGAUGCAUGGUUCUCUACUGUCAAUAGCGCGUUCCCUUUUCCAACAGAUGAUAUAUACGCAUCAAAAGUCGUUUGAGCCAGAAAUUUUUGAGGCAAUUAAGUCAGCAUUUCAUGCGAUCGAAAAGAAGCAGAACAAGAUGGAGGGCAUUCAGUUUCUCAUCUCACAGAUCGGCUCAUCAAGCCAUCAGAAAUUGAAAUCUGUUACUCACUCAUACGUCUCACCAUUGGCGAUAUAUCUUUAUUCUGAGUGCUCAUCAAAUGAAUUCUAUCCCAAUCUUGGCCUGGCCUGGAUUUAUCUUGGAGGAUUACGCUUCCAUCUUUUGAAUGGCUUUGAUGUUAUAGAUCCAGCCAUGAAGAUCAUUUGCAAGCUGUUAGAACUGGAAGAGAAAAUUUCAUCGCUGGAGCUAAAAAUCAAGGUCCGGGGAGAAUGUGAGUAUCUGUCUGGAUUGCUUUAUACUGAAAACAAUGAAGAAAGAACUGCACAUAAAUUAUCUAAGCUCAAGGCUGAGCAUAAAAGAUUACAAAGAAAGGUUACUUUUCGCUCUGAUACUAAAAAGUACCAGGAUUUGAGAAGAGCGCUGGAUGAGUUUGCAGGAUUUAUCACACGUCCCAUAAGUCUGAUUAACAGUGUUAAAGUUCUUGACUGGAACCAGGUUGUCGAGCAAGUUCUUGAUUAA